AUGAAUUUUGCAACACCCGUGAAUUCUGAUAAAUUACGGUAUAAAAUAAAAGUCAGCGGUCUCCCUAGAUUUUAUUCGUUAUUGGAUCCAUUGCUACAAGAAUUUUUGAAAAUGAUCAACGAAGAGUUGAGAUUAAAUUGCAUACACGCUAGAUACAGUAAAAAAGGUAACGCAUGGCUGUAUCUCACGUUUCCAACAGAAACCGAACAAGCGGUUGCUCUAAGACUACUAAAAAAAUAUAAUUGGAAAGGACGUUCUUUAAUCAGUACGUUAGUUACGGCCGACACACCUAAAACCAACAUGAAUUUAACAUACGUCGAAGGGAACCAUGUUGCUAAAAGACCUAGACUUGAUAUUCCACUUAGUGAACAGGUUUUGAUGUCUACAAUUCCUUAUCAUAGUAUUGAAUACGAAGAACAAUUGAGGAAAAAGAGCGAAGAGGCGAGAAUAUUGUUUCAACGGUUUGGGACGAUAAUUCAACGCAAACAACCGCCGCUUGCGGAAUGGUGUGCGAUGCGCAAACGGCAGCUGAAUAGCGAUUUGGCGUUUGAACUGUCGCCGAUAAUACCGUCGCAAAAAGUCGAUCGGUACCGCAACAAAUGCGAGUGGAGCGUAGGAAUUAAUCCCGACAGUGAUUCAGUGGCCGUCGGGCUGAGAGUGAAAGAUUCGAUGGACGGAAUCCACUAUGUCGGUCCACCGGAUUGUCUAAGAAAUUUGCCGAUGCCAAUGAUCACCUUAGCGAAGAAAUUCGAGGAUUUUGUGAAAAAUUAUUCUCAAGAUUGGAGAAUAUGGCGUAAUAUGAUAAUUCGUAUGAAUGAAGACGGAGAAGUAAUGGUGUCGAUAGUUAUCAACCAGCAUCUACUAGACACCGAACAAUUGUCUAAUAUAAAAUGCUCCAUAUCAGAAUGGUCUAAAAAUAACAUAACUGAGAACGUAGUGUCGUUAUAUUUUCAAGUCCAUGGAGAAAAGACCUUAGCUGAUUGUAUCGGUACCACGAUCGAAGCUGAAUUAUUGUGGGGACAAAAGUACAUUGUAGAAAAGCUAUUAAACUUGUCGUUAGAAAUCUCUCCAGCCACAUAUUUUCGCUUGAAUAGUUUGGGCGCUGAAGAAUUGUGUAAAGUGGUUGCUGAUCUUGCCGAUGUGAACGAAAAUACUACAGUUUUGGAUUUGUUCUGUGGGUCUGGAUGCUUAGCACUUACAUUAGCCAAGAAAUGUAAACAAGUCGUGGGCAUCGAGCUAAUUAAGGCAAAUAUAAUGGACGCAAAAAGAAAUGCUGAAAUAAAUGGAAUAGUCAAUUGUGAAUUUAUAGCUGGUAGGACGGAAGAUAUUUUGGAUUCCGUGCUUAACAAACUCAAAGGGUGUAACGUAACUGUGAUAAUGGAUCCACCUUUAACUGGAGUCAGUACCGGAUUGGUCAGGACUCUUCGAAAAUUUAAAGAAGCUAUAAAUUUAAUUUACGUUUGUUCUAAUCAUAAACUGCCUUUGAAAAAUCUACUAGAUUUUUCUUCGGUAGUUAGAUAUUGGCAAAAACCAAUAGACUCCGAUCCAUUUCUUCCACUUCGUGUAGUUCCUAUAGAUAUGUGUCCUCAUACACUUAGGUCAGAGCUGGUUUUGCACUUUAAGAGGUUUUGUGUUGAUGACAUUUUAUCAACUAAAAACGAUAGACCAUCAAAAAUGUAUAGCAACAGAAAAUUUAAGACAAAAUUUAACCCAAGAACAUCGGAAACGGUUACAUCAAGUAUUCAACCAUCUGCUUCCGGAGUGGGUGGAUUGUUGGACUACCUCAAGAAAAUCGAAGAAAGGGCGUAUCAAGAAGGGUUAGCCAAAGGAUUGGAGAGAAAAGCGUUCCAAAUGGGUUAUUCGAGAGGACUUCAGUGUGCCUCCGCUAAUGACGAUGAUCAAUUUAAGAAAAACUCUUCAACUAAUUCUGAUCCGUAA